UGGGGCCGCACAUGGUGGACACGGUUACGCGCACGUCCGCAUGUGCGAGCGAGAGGCACAGCAGCGCCCGCCGUGUUUACUGACGCUAGCGACUCGGAGGCAAGAUGUCCGCCGCUGCAGCCGCACAGCAAAACAACAACGAUGAACCUGGUCUGAAUGGGUCCUGGGUUGAGCUGGAAAUGAACGGGAACACUGCAGCCAGUGGCCCCCUGCUGGCCAAUGUGCCGCUGACAGUCGCCGUCCCAGGCAACGGGAAUGUGGGAGAGGCUCCUGUUAGCAUAGCAGAGGAGGAGCAGGAAGAGGGCCUGGGCGGGGGUCUGGAGCACGUGCCCUCGUCUUCCUCCAUCCACAACGGCGACAUGGAGAAGAUCCUGCUGGACGCGCAGCACGAGUCGAGCCAGAGCAGCUCCUCCUGUGGCAGUCCCCCCCGACCCCAUAGUCCCGACCGGAAUGAGGGUCAGAUUACCUUCGACGUCGAGAUGCCCAGCAGGAGAGACAGCCAGGUAGAAGAAGAAGCUCUGGACAAGGAGCGGGACGAGGACAUCCUGCUGAUGAAGGGUCCUGACAAGGUGGCUGACUGGUCCAGCCGGCCCGAGAACGUCCCCCCCAAAGAGUUCCAUUUCCGGCAUCCUCGUCGAUCUCUGACCCUGAGCAUGCGAAAAACCGGAGCGAUGAAGAAAGGGGGAAUCUUCUCUGCAGAGUUCCUCAAGGUCUUCAUCCCUUCCCUGCUCCUGUCCCACAUCCUGGCACUGGGGUUGGGGGUCUACAUCGGGAAGAGACUGACCACACCCUCCACCAGCUCCUUCUGAACACAAGCCAAACAAGUGCCUGGGGUCCGUUGAGUUGUCAUGCUCAAGUGUCACAACCCCCCUCUCCCACCCCCGCCUUGGCCUUACAUCUCUCUACCUUAUCUCUUCUCAUCCUCCUAGUUCUCGUCUUCCUGCUCCUGCCACGUCCCGUCAGGCAACAUUUCCCUCCACAUCCCCUUCCCCUUAUUUUGUGAGGGUGUGGGGGCCCAGGGCUGUUGGGAAGGUCGCAGAGAUCCCUUUCUGAGUGCUCUAGCUGCGCUGUUCUCUCUCUCUCUCUCCCUGCUGCUCUUUCUUCUCUCCCUCCCUCCCUCUCUUUGGUUUUCUCUAUGAGUCUUACACCCCCCCCCGGCCCCAUCCCCCUCCCUCACGUCGCUCGCAUCCUCACUGCCUGUCGGUCUCCCAGGCAGCAGUCCAGUGUUCUUGUUUUUGUUUGUGUGUGGCAGUAUGUACCUCCUUGUUUAUUUUGCUCUCGCUCGGUUCCGUCGAUGUAACCGUGCAGCCUGAGGGAUGGUGUUCGGGGCCCCCAGAUCAUGGCAGACUUCAUCCUCGGGGGCGGGGGGCCGGGGGGGUGUUUGGCUGGAAGAUGGAGUCAGCCAGGGGUCUCGGCCCAUGGAGCAAGAGACAGAGACAUUCUUGUAGGAGGGCCACUUUCUGAGAUGAAGUUUGCACUUCACUCUAUUUUCAAAUCAAUGUGGAAGAAGCUGCUGAAGGGCGUGACUCCCAAACCGGGAGCUCUGAGCAUGUACAGGUGAAGCCAGAUAAAUAUCAGCCUGCUGGCAUUGUCAUCAUCAUCAUUAUUAUUAUUCUUUUGAAAUGCUUAGUGGGUUUUAGAAACGUCUUGAUCUGAGAGAGCCCCCCCAUCCUUCUCCAGCUGAUAAUUUGGAGAUUCGGAGCUCAGGCCCCGUAGGGCAGCAGGGCGGAGUCACCGGUUCUGGCCCUUCAUGGUGGAGUCACCGGUUCUGGCCCUUCAUGGCGGAGUCACCGGUUCUGGCCCUUCAUGGCGGAGUCACCGGUUCUGGCCCUUCAUGGUGGAAGUGCCCGGGGCCCGCCUGCUUACUUCCUUAAGGAGUGGCUGCUUCCUGUCAGCCGCUUCAGGAUUACCCACAUUGUAGUGCCUGGUUUGAGAAUAAAGCCUCUUCCUAAGGUUUACUUGCUUCAGCAGGACCCCAUGUCUCCAUUUCCUUUUCCCUUUCUGUCAUCUCUCUGUUGCUCCUGUCUCUCUCUUCCUCCUCUCUGCCACUGGCUCGCCUCGGUAUGCGUCAGUUCUAGAUUAAGCUCAUUUCACUGUCACUGCCAAGAAAUCUGUGCUUGGAUUACUGCUGGUUUUUGGAAUGACCCCAGUUCCCAUUUUCACUUUGGUUGUUUUGACACACCUUUGUAUUUUUUUUUUCCUUUUAUUUUUUUCUUUUCUUUUUAUUUUUUUAUUCCAGGGAUCAAAGUAAAGUGGGAAUCGGGGUGUGUGAUGUCACUCCUGUGUUUUUAGGAAGUGCAGCACAGAGAGGCGCCUUUAGUAUGAUUCAUAAGAUGAAGGAUGGGCUCUGAUUUCAGUCACCUCUGGGUUUUUUUGUUUUGCACUGUUUUGGCCCUGUCUGCCCCCCGCCCCCCCACACCUGCCUCCCCCCACCUGGCUUUCAUCAGCUCAUAACUGUGACCUCAUCCUUUGUGGGCCCAGGACCCAGGGCACUGCGGGAUCUGACUAAACUGUGAGCACGCAGUGGGCCUGGACGACCGUCGGCAGAGCCAACAAGGAGGGGAGAGAAAGCGGACAUUCGCAUAGUUUGUUUUCGGAUUUGUAUUCGCUUUUGUGAAAACUGGAACAGAGCUCACUGGCAUAGUGGUGGCCUUUGUGCAGGUCAGGGUCAGUCGACUGUGGUCAGGGAUUGACAUAUCUGGUACGCAAGUACGCAUUCACCUUUAAAAGUGAAACGUGCGGCAAUCGAUUAACGUACAAGUGCAAAUACGUACGUAUUUUAUGUGCAUUUGUGCCGAUAUGACAAGAAAUUAUCGUUCAUUUUAACCUCUGUACCGCAAAUGAAGUACAAGUUAGCAUAUAAAGGUUAAAAUACACUAUAAUUUAUUGUCAUAUCGGCACAAAUGCUCAUAAAAUACGUAUGUAUUUGCAUUUGUACAUUAAUCGAUUACUGCACGUAUCGCUUUUAAAGGUGAAUGUGUACUUGUGUACCAGUUAUGUCAAUCCCUGAUUAUGAUAGUACUAGUAUGGAAACCCUUUUUCAACACAAAAAAAUCUGGAACUAAGACAUUAAAGUUCUCAAAUGCAACUCAGCACUGCUGAUCAAUCAUCUUUUUCAUUUAAGUUCAUAUUUUCUUAUUUUUUUUAAUGGUAUUUUGGUUCUGUCUGAAAGUAUCAAGUUAAAGCUCAGAGGAAGAUUAAAAAAGAUGUUCCUUACUAAAGCAUCUUUGAAAUUAUACUCACUUUUAGAAGAUGUUUCAGAAGUGGGCUAUGUGUAUUGUUAUGAAUUCCAGCGGUUGAGGUUGGAUUAAUACUCCCCUGUGCAUCUAAUAGCAGAUUAAUAGCUUUUAUAUGCGACGGCUGGAUGUUUCCGGUUUAUGAAGUCCAUGCCGUUUUCAUCACCAUCAUCUUUCUCUUUAAUCUAUCUGAGGAUCUCAAACGCACGUUCACUUUAUACACAAAGUGUUAUUCCUACUCCUCCUCUCUUCUGGGCCUCUCUCCGUGUUUUUCGCUUACAGUCCUGGAAGGUCCACAGGAUCUUUGUUUUCUUCCUUCACAUCUGUGCUCAGCUGACUAGUUUAACCAGAUACUAAAAUAAAAUCUGUUCUAUACUUUAUGUAUUUCCAAAGGGCGCCAUGAUAAUUAGCUGGUUUUUGACGGCACUAGGAGACUGGUGUCCAUUUCCAGCGGCGGAGAAUGUACAUCGGGGAGGUGUUUAUACUUGUCUGUGUCUGUUGGCGUGCAGUCGUUGGUCGUGGUGGAGAUGGAGCGGGGAGGGUGGGGGGAUGCGCAGUUUGCUAUAUCGUCUGGGCAAAUGCCAAAUGCAUGUUUUUGCGGGAAGUAUUGGGGGAGGAGGAACCACGUUGGGUGGGGGGGGAGCAUGUGCCCUGAAUCCCAGUGUCCUUCCCCUCCCAGCUCUGACGCAUGGCCCACUGCAUGGCUCUGGGAUACCCCUGUUUUGUAGUGCCGCCCCGUCCCCCCCAUUCUAAAGUGAGGAACCACUCCAAUGAGCUGGAGGGACUUUUAUGUUGAUAUAGUGAUGGAGGGACUUUAAUGUUGAUAUAGUGAUGGAGGGACUUUUAUAUUGAUAUAGUGAUGGAGGGACUUUUAUGUUGAUAUAGUGAUGGAGGGACUUUUAUGUUGAUAUAGUGAUGUGCGUGCAUCUCAGUGGCAUGAUUCAAGUGGAUGUUUUGAUAUUCAAAAUUAUAAACUCGUUUUGUCACUCAUACCUCUACAUAACCCCGGAGACCGUUCCUGUAACCAUGGCGACCCGGUCUGGUACAGAUGAAGGUCGGACUAAUGGUACAAUGAGGUCUGUUAGUGUUGGGGGGGGGGGUGCUGGCCUUUUGGAGAACUUAUUGUCCCUUUUCUCACAUCACACUCCUCGUGAUGUUUAGAUACCCCUGCUAAAUGAUCUGAUACACAAAGCUGCUCCUGCACUGACCUGCGCCGUUACUUUCAUAAUCUGACUUCCUUACAGCAUGCUGCAGAUUUUUGUUUUGCUUCUAUGGCAUUUACAGUUUCUGUUGUGGGGGUAAGAAAAAAGCCCCAUUAUCUAGAGAUUGUACAAAUAAUUGAAUGCUAAGUGUCAAUUCCCUCGUGUAACUUUAGACAAACAGCGCGCUCUGCAAUUGGCAGGAUCGCCGGUCUAAUUGAAUUCCUUUCGGAAUUUAUUUCCAUGAUUUUUGCAUAUCUUCCCUCGUUAAGCUCGCGAAAAACAAGCAGUAACGACUUGAUCGGUCCAGAUAAGUUAUCUUUUGCAUUGUGUGUGUCAAACAGUGACUUGUCACACAGGGAAAUGUACUCCCCGUUUUUCGCAUAAGACAGCAUGUCCUGUUGAUGAAAAUACGUCUCGCUUCCUGUGGGACCCCUGAAACACUGUGGAAUGUAAAUUUGAUUCAAUAUCUACUGACUGAAGGAGCUCCUGCUUUCAACUUCAUUUUAAAAAUGAGUUUUUGCUUCCCUCUUUCUGAAUAAGAAAACUUCUAACCUUUUGAAAAGGGUGACUUAUCUCCAGCUAUCUUUACUGUGAGUAUAGUAUGAUUAAAAUGUUUUGCGACAUGAUUAUUUGAUAGGGAUUUUCUCCUUUUUUCCCAGUAUUUGCAAUGUGAUUCAAUGAGCCAAAGUUAUCUUGAGUUCUUUUUUACUGUUUAUGAUCAUUUUCUGUGAAAUGUGCGCACUACCAUCCACCAUGUUAAAGUAGCACAUCUCUCUAUUUGUGCCAUUAAACUUUAGUCUCUGAAUGAC